AUGUCGCCACUCUUAAUAACAUACACUCUGCUGUAUACCAGUCCCAGUUCCAUUCCCAGUCACAGUCCCAGUACCAGUCCUAAUUCAAAUCCCGGUUGCGGUACCCGUCCCAGUCUCAGUUUCGGUCCCAACCCCAGUCCCAGUCUUAAUUCUAAUCUCGGUUUCAGCACCAGUCCCGGUCCCAAUCUCAAUAAGAGUCUCAGUCUCAGUCCCAGUCCCAGUCCCGGCCCUAAUUCAAAGACGUUCUCCGGUAUCGGCACUGAUCCCAGUCGCAGUCCCAGUCCAAGUCUCAAUCAGAGUCCCAGUCUCACUCCCAGCCUCGGCCCUAACUCAAAUGUCGGUUCCGGUACAGGUUCCAGUCCCAGUCUCAGGCCCAGUACCAGUCCAAGUCCCAGCCCCAGUCCCAGUCUCAGCCCCAGUACCAGUCCCAGUUCCAGUCCUGGCCCUAAUUCAAAUCCCGGUUUCGUUACCCGUCCCAGUCCCAGUCUUAAUUCCAAUCCCGCUGCGGUACCAGUCCCAGUCCCAAUCGCAUUCAGAGACCCAGUUCUAACCUUAUUUCGAAACCCGGUUCCGGUACCAGUCCCAGUCCCAGUUUCUGUCUCAGUCCCAGUCUCAGUCCAAGUCACGAUCCCGGUCCAAAUAAAAAUUCCACCCGGUUCCGGUCCCAGUCCCAAUGCAAUUGUCAGUUCCGGUACCCGUCCCAGUACUAGUCGCAGUUCCUGUCUCAGCCCUGAUUCAAAUCCCGGUUCCGGUACCCGUGAAAGUCUUAAUACCAAUCCCUAUUCCGGUACCAGUCCCAGUCCCAAUCUCAAUGAGAGUCCGGCCUUAAUUUAA